AUGGAAAUGGGAAUAUAUCUGCCCACUGUGGAUUUGGGGACGGGAGUCACCGCGCUCGAGGUCUUUGCCAGCCUUCGUCAGGUCUGUGUGUUGCUGCACGGUGGCUCCGUGAAGUGCUGGGGACGCGGAUACGCCCUGGGUUUGGGUGACACGAUGGAUCGCGGCGACAUAUCAGACCACAUGGGCGAUCGGCUACCCUUCGUUGACCUCGGCACCGACUUCCACGCUGUGCAAAUCACCUCAGGGCACCGGCACACUUGUGCAUUGUCAAGCCUAGGCAAGCUCAAGUGCUGGGGCCGUGGCCCCGCCGUCGGCCUGAACUUCUCGACCAGAAGUAGUGCCGGCGUGGGGAACUCGCCCAACGAAAUGGGCGACCAGUUGCCCUUCUUGGAUUUGGGCCUCGAAGUUCUGCAGAUCUCUGCAGGCAACUACCACACCUGCGCAGUGCUGGUGGAUGACUCCUUGAAGUGCUGGGGCGAGAAUGGGUGGGGCCAAUUGGGCCACGGUAACAGCGACUCUGUACAGCCUUCGGCGGAUGCAAACCUCCCCAAGACUCUGCUAGGCAGCGGCGUGUCCGUCAUGAAGGUGGCAGCUGGCGGAUGGCACACCUGUGCCAUGCUGCAAGAUGAGACUCUGAAGUGCUGGGGCCGAAAUUCACAUGGACAGCUCGGAAUGGGGACUAGUGUGGUGAUGCUGGGCAAUCAGCCGGAACACAUGGGCGAUGCCUUGCACCCCGUCGAGCUGAACAACCUCAGAGUACGCGAGGUCAUGGGAGGCAUCCAUCUGACCUGCGUGCGGCUGGAGGAGGACAGCGUACGCUGCUGGGGCCUCAACAACAAUGGAGAGCUUGGCGUUGGGCACACCAAGAAUGUGGGUGGUGACCCGGGCGACAUGGGAUCAGCCCUCGUGCCCACCGAGCUCUUUGAAAAAGAAAAGCCGGGUGCUGGCCUUGAGGGUCUGAGCAUUGGUGAAGGCUCAAAUGAGGGCUGGUUGCUGCUGCAGCACAAUGGCUCUUUUGGGCUGGUCUGCGAUGACGGCUUCACGGAUGCCACAGCGCAGGUGGUCUGCCGGGAUAUUGGCAUGGCAGGCGGCCGAGCCUUGCUCAGGGACCCCGCCUCCGACCCUUCGCUGGACGAGACGGUUGCGGCGCUUGCCUCGUCUGAAAUCCUGGCCGACAGCCUCGUGUGUGAGGGCACGGAAAUCUUCCUGCGGGACUGCAGCUUCCGAGGUUGGCACACCCACGACUGCUCUGCUCGGGAAGCUGCAGGCGUGCGGUGCUACUUGGAUGCCUGGAGCGAGUACACGGCGGCAACUGGUCCCGAGCGGCGCCAGGACCAGAGCAUGAUCUGGGACGCGGACACUUCUUCUGCUCUGAUGUUUGGAGGCCAAGCUUCCAACACCUUUCAGUACUUCAAUGACCUCUGGCAGUUCCACUGGCCUUCGCGAAGCUGGGCCGAAAUGCAGACAGAUUUUGGUCCAUCGCCCAGAUUCGGCCACAGCGCCGUUUGGGAUGUCGUGUCGCGCACCAUGCUGAUCUUGGGCGGAACUCACAUGCGCGAGACUUACGGCGACAUGUGGGCCUACGAGAGCACACGAAACCGGUGGACACUGUGGCUUUCGAGCAAAGGGCCCGGGCCGCGUGUAUACCACACUGCCGUAUGGGACCCGCUGCAUCGGGCCAUGCUGGUAUUCGGUGGAGAGAGUGGGGUGGACAUCCUGGCGGAGCUCCACUACUUCAGCUUCGUGAACCGAGCGUGGUGGCCACUGACGAUUGGUUUAGGGCCACGCAGCAAGCACACAGCUGUGUGGGAUGCCGCCACCCGGAGCAUGCUCGUCUUUGGGGGCUUGGACGGGCAAAGUUACCUUUCAAACCUCCAGCGCUAUGACGCCAACUCCGACAGCUGGACCGAAGUCGCAGCUGCCGGCACCGUGCCAUGGCCACGAGGUGGGCAUGCUGCGGCUUGGGACCCUGCCUCCGCCAGCAUGCUUGUGUUUGGAGGUGUGCAGAACCGAAGCAACACGCUCAGCUUCAGCGACGGCUUCUUUAGCUUCAGCGUCCUCACUGGCAUCUGGACCGAGCUUGGCCCAGGAGUUCCCGGUGCCAGUGCCGAUCUGCCCCAGGGCCCAUCCGCGCGCGCUUCCCCAAGUCUGGUCUUCGACGCAGCCUCUCCAGCAUUGCUGCUCUUUGGCGGCUUCAACGGCUCCUACCUGGGUGAGACCUGGAGAUAUGUCAUGACACCUACAGCUCCCACUCCAACUUUGCGCUGCCAGCUGGGCCAGCCUUGCCCAGCAGGUACGGAAGCUGGCAACCUGAGCAUGGACAUUUUUUGGAUAAAGACCAGCUGCCAAAGUUCCCAUGGCUUGCCGCCUUUGGAUGGCACGCGCUUGUUCAUGGAGCCGGACAGCUACCAACUGUGUUCCUGCGUUGGGAGUCCAAGUUGCAUCCAAGCACAAGAUCACACCACCCCCGUUGGCCGCUUCAUUGCCGAAGGGCCGUAUGCCAACCAGUCUGCAAAUUGCUACAUUGGCUGGAAGUGCACUGUCCCUGUCUGGAUGGGCGUCGGCAUCUCUAUCAACGAUUCCCUGAUCGCGCGGGAUGAUUGCGAACAUAUGCUUGCAUCAACGUAUACCUUGGUUGUCACAAUAUACAAAUCUGCCAAUGCUUUGCUCCUGGAUGCGGGAAUGAUAGACUCGGCCGGAACACCACAAGUUGUGGAGCUUUGCUGGUGCCCCUUCAACCAUUCCUGCGAUUCCGCGGAGGACUUCCAGGCAACGGCACUGCGCCUUCACAUCCAGUGCCCGCCGGGGCAAUACGAGCUGGAGAGCGCAUGCCAUGUCUGCCCUGCAGACCAGUACUGCCCGGGAGGCCAGCAGUUGCGAAGCUGCCCGCAUGCGAGCACAGCCCCCAUCGGCUCCAGUGACGUUACCGACUGUGCGUGCCUCAUCGGCUUUUACUGGGUUGCUGAGAGCCGCGCCUGCUUAAGCUGCCCAUACGGCUCAAGCACUGCACAGGCAGGUGCCACCUCGAUUGCUUCGUGCUCCUGCCUUCCGGACUUUGCAAGCACUCAGCCAGAGAACCCUUCCGUGUGCGAAUGUGGUCCAGGAUUUGGCUUUGAUGUUCGGCGAGGAAUUUGUGAAGCAUGCCCCAAGGGAGCCUAUAAGGGCGUGGCUGGGAACAGCCUUUGCUCCAGCUGUCCGGCCGACACGUCCACGUUGCAUCUGGCAUCCAGAUCGGCUGCCGACUGCUUGUGUCGGCCGGGCCUCUUUGGGGACGCGGGGAGUUGCAUUGAAUGCCGGGAAGGUUUCUUUUGCAAUGGCACAGGUGUAGAAAUCCCAUGUCAGGCAGGCGCCAUAUCCACCCGACAAGCAAGGUCUGUUGACGAGUGCGUAUGCAUGGAGGGCCGCUACCGGUCUGGUCUUUCGGGAUCUUUGUGUGAGCUUUGCCCAAGAGGCAGGUACAAGGAGGCGGUAGGUGAUGAUGGCUUUUGCCUUCUUCAGUGCCCUGCCAACGCUGACAGCGAGCCAGGAUCAACAGCUCGAACAGCAUGCUUCUGCGAGCCGGGUUCUUUUGCGGAGUUUGACUCCCAGGGCACAUUGUCCAGAUGUGCGAGCUGUGCUACCCUUCCCAAUCUCCACUGCCCUGGAGGCUUUGGCAAAAGCUCCGGCAACCAGUCCGACCAGACCCAUGAAAUGCCGGUAGCAAAACCUGGCUUUUUUCAGACAGGUGUUGUGACGGUCUACAAGUGCAGUGUGAUGACUGAAGGUGGUACUAGUGCUUGCCUAGGCGGGCAAGGGAGCCUCUGUGCAGAAGGCUCCGCCGGAAUGUUGUGUGGCGAGUGCCCGGCCAAGUGGGCCCGAGAGGGGUUUCAGAGCCCUUGCCAGCCGUGCCCGGCUUCACAGGCACUUUCGGCAGCAGUUCUCGCCAUUCUGGGAGAUGUGAGUAUGAAUGCUGCCAUCAGCCUCGUGAUCGCUUCCCUGGCGGCCACCGAUGCUGUGAGGCGCAGCGGAAGGCUGCAUACCAGCAUGAUCAGGAUGGGCACGCAAUGGGUGGCGGCUUGCUCCGUCCUCAAUGUCUUUCAACUCGACCAGGUACACAUGCUGGGCUUUUCAGAGAGCUCAGGUCCCAGCAGCAGCGGUCUUCUCGCUUGGCCAGCCAGCGUCCGUGCAGCCAUGGACAGGUACUUUCAGUUCUUGUCGCUGGGCCAGACGGUGGUGUCGGUGAAGUCAGCCGUCCAGUGCUAUGCCCAAGAACUCUUUCCCAUGGACCCAGCUGCCCCAACCUGGUUUCUUGGCCUCUACUACUUGUGCUUGCCAGUGCUCGUCAUCCUUGACAUAGUGCUUCUGAGCUCCGCCGUGGUUUACGUUCUGGUGCCCUUCGCCCAGCGCUAUGGGCUUGCAUUCAACCAAGUUGCCAGAAGGCAGAAGCAACGAGAGGCCGCAACAAGACGUCUGUGCUCUGCAGUGGAGGAUGAUCUCCCAAAGGCGGGCUUGAGAUGGCAGGACCUUGUGGAGUCGGGAGCACUUGACAUUACUCUUGCGCAGUUGCACAAAGCAGCAAAUGAGCCCAAUGCUUUCCUUCGAGCCGCGGUCGCUUCCAGCCCAGAGUUCCUGGCCAAAGCGUUGGAUGCCAGGGCAGCUGCUACUAAUCAAGACAGCUGCGCUGUUGAGCUUGCAUUGCUUUCUCAAGAGGCCCACUUCACUAAUCUUGUGAAGGAGUCGGACGGUUUUCAGGACCUAGAGGCCUUUCUGGACGAUAUCUACAAGAAGUUGAAGGCAGCACCAACUGCGCAAAGUCACGGAAGACAGAACGAACCUGGAAGCAACAGGAGAAAUGUGGAAGAGGCCAGCCCUUCAACCUCGUUCUCCUUCUCAAGGAAGAGGAGAAUCAGAAAUGUGGAGGAGGCCAGCCCUUCAACCUCGAAUUCCUGCUCAAGGAAGCCAAGCAACACCAGCUACGACCUGGACCUCGAUGCCGCGAUGGACUCUCUUGACUUUGGCCUCUUCGGCUCCAGACCACGCUGCUCCGACCUGUUGCACCAAAGCGUACCGGUGAUUUGGAUUGGCCUGGUCUACUUGUGGCCGGUCUUGCUUUCUGGUUUUCUUCGCAUGUUGUGGUGCGUUCCCAUCCCAGAAGAUGGCGAGGAUGAAGGUUUGACCUUCAUUUACCGCCUCCUGCCCAGCCCAGAGAUUCAGUGUUGGGCAGAUCCUCACUUUCCAUCUGCGGUAACGGCCUGCGUGGGCCUCCUUGUGUGGUGUGUCGGCAUUCCUGGCACGCUAGCGCUGCGAUUGCUUCUUCUUGCUGAUAGGCACUCACCCGGCAAUUUUCGAAAGUAUGGGUUUUUCAUUCUGGGCUAUGAGGCCAAGUACUGGUGGUGGGACAUCAUCGUCAAAAGACUCGAUUUGAGCGUCAUGAUGCUCAUCACGUACACCUCCAUAGUGCCAAGCCCCGAAGGCAAACUGCUGUGCUAUCCGGUGCUCUCUGGAUUGCAGCUCGGCCUUGCUGCUUGGAUAGCACCCUUUACCAAUGAGCAGGCUGGUGUGCUUGACGUGCUCGAAGUGGCUUUGCAGACUUCGCGCUUUCUUCUAUUUAGCGCCGUGGUGGCACUGAUGGUUCUGUUGCCCAGUCAGGCAGCAACCGUGGGGCUUGCAUUCGCAGUCCUGGUUCUAGUGAUGGCGGCUGGUGCCUAUUUGGUUGUCCACGUGGCUUCGCAGAUCUUCAGAGAUGUGUCUUAUGCCUCUGGAGUGCGUCACGGGAAUGCCUUGAUGAAGUUCUUAGGUUCCGUCAAGGACUCUGUGCUGAACGUUGCUGUGCCGCUGUUCAAGCAAGCCGAGGAGGAGAACCUUCGGCUGACAUGGUCAUUUGACCAUGACAUGAUGACUACAGUGUUGCCAUCUCCGCCUCCCCAUAAUGGAUGUUGGCGGACGUGGAUGUUCCUACGGCGCUUUCGGGCAGAAGUGCUUCGAAUGAGCGACCAUCAUCAGCAUGCUGUGCUCCUGAAGGCGAGUGGUGAAUUCACGGCAUUCUGCCUGACUGAGUUGAAGCAGACUGGGCUGCCGUUUGAAUGCCUUGGUAUCCUAUGCCGCCUUGCCACGGCAAACCAGCGGCUGCCAAACCAAAUUGUCAAAACGCGCAUUGCGCAAGAAUGGUCAAUCCAAAUGUCCGCGCUUGCAGAUGAACCUGGGCCAAAGACAUGCGCGCCGCAAGAUUUCGAGCGUGCAAUGGUGCGCUUGAGCCAGAUGCCGAAAGAGCAUGCUGUGCAGCUUGUCCAGAAGGCGGCAAGACUACGGAGUAAGGAACUUGGCCUGAGCAAGGAGGACCUCAAGACAGGCGACGAGGCCGAAGGUGCAGGCGAUGAGGCCCUUCGGGAGAUCCCUGUGGCAGACCUUGGAGACCCAGUCUGCCCAGAUACUUCGCAAUCCGACGACGUCUCCGUGUACAUGUAA